UCAGACAGUGAGCCACGGCCACUUCAAACAACCGGCCAUGACACACAUCGCCAAUUGCAUGCGGCCUGUUGCCGAUAAAUCUAAUGUUUAUAUACCUCAGGAAACCUCCUCCAACCCAUCCGUAAGUUUCUUGGAACACCUCUUCGUCCAAAUGAACUACCACCUACCCCGCCGCUCCCAGUCGCUAAGGAACCUCCAGGCCGCCAAAGACUCCAAGGACGCCCUUCACACCUUGGAGAAGAGCCCCUCCAUUGUGAGCCUGCAGUCACAGACCAGUGCUUCCAAGUACCAGCUGUGGCCGUCACAACCCUCUCGCAGCCCGGUGGGACUAUCACGUCCAACAUUGGCUUCGGACAAGCUAUCCGCUCUGUCCAUGGGCCGCUCUCCCACCUCACUGAGUGAUACUGCUAUUGCCCCCGAAAGUGUCCCCUUCUGGCAGCGGAGCGGUUCGCUGUCAAGGAGGCGCAAAGUCAGUGUACCGGAGCUCGGCAGCACUAUGACAACAGUGCAAGAGAUGGCCAUUGAUUCUCCUACGAUUCCAGGACGGCCACCUCUACAUGCGAAGGCUUCCACCGAAGCCUUUGGCCAUGAAAGGUCUAGCAGUGCUCCCGGCACAAGCUGGAGGACUGGUCCAUUCGGUGAUGCUCUCAUGUCCUGUGUCACUGGCCCUUCACCCGUACCCACCGAGCAGACGACCCCGCCCGCCACUGCAGAGACCCCCAAUAUCAACAAGUUGGAGGUUCCAAGCGCCCUCGGAAAGCCACUGUCACCCAUCCUCAGCCCUGGCGUAAACGCAAAGCCUGCACUGAAAGUGGACACAAACAGCAUUCUAGAAGGGAUCGAACUUCCACCAGAUGUCCCUCCGAAGUCGCCACUAACCGAACGCAAGCCAUCCCCGAGCCCUCUCAAGCUCCAUUCCAAGUCCAGCAAAACACAGCUGAUGACCCCCGCCUCUAUCACCACCCCCAGCGGAACCUCGCCUUCCAGCGCCGUGGAUUCCAGACGCUCCCCGAAUAUGGGCCUUCCACUCCCGACCCCUCUAUCGGCUAUUUCCAAUCCCUUCAGCGCGGGCUCGCCCUCGAGCGCAGUCGAACGCCGUGGUUCACCAAGAAUUGAGAGGCGAGAUCCCAUCGCAACGGCCGCUACGUCCCACAACAGGAACAUGUCGGAGUCGUCAGUGAUGGACCGUGGUCGACCUGUUCGACGGUCGAGCAAGAGGCAACGAAGCCAGACCUGCUCAGAGGCGCCUAGCUCUGACGCAUUGCCCCAGGACAAUUGGAGGCUACCCAGGGGCAUGCCGGUAGCGGAGGCUUCGUUGCGUAUGCCCGAAGCUGAUAAGGAAGUGUUGCAUAAGCAAGCGUACGAACAAGCCGAGAAGUUCGAGGUCCUAAAUAAGCGUGACGUCUCAUCGCUGUCAAGAGAGCUCAGGGCGCUCGAUGAGCGCUGCGACUACCUCCGCAAGACGUACAAGUCUCUGCGGGCGGGACGCCAGAAGCUCCAUGGCCGCAUGAUCUCAUAUCUCAAGAGAGGAGAAACGGUCAUCUUCUCGCGCGAAUCCCUGCUGAAGCAGGAAGAAGCUCUCGCCGAGCUAGAUAUCUCAAUCGAUGAGUUCAUCCUCAAGCUGGAGCAAGCCGAAAACCGCCGGUUGCGGCUUCGGCAAAAGCUUCUCGAGCACGUUGCCGGUGCCCUGGUCCUCAAUCCCCCUUCCCUCCGCGACACGGCCGAAACCACCCCACCCAGGAGCCCCGUGAAGCUUGAGAGCCCCUCCCGAAUGGACCGCAAAGACGUUCAGUCGAUCAAAAUCUACGCCGAUGGCCACGUUCUCAGCCUCUUCUCAGACAUUGAGCAGGCCAUUGGGAAAAUGUGCGAACAAGCAUGUUGAAUGAGGAACGCGAAACGACCAUUUCAUCCCCAAAAGCGAUAAGCCGAAACGGAAACACGGCCUUACGUGGCAUCACCAUUAAUCAUCGAUGAAACAUGCUCUCCAAAAAUUUCAUUAAUUCCUUUCUUCCGUUGUCGUUAGUAUGUUAUCACGGCUUGUCUAUACGUUGGCUUCUUCUCCUGUCUUUUUACGUUGUUGAGGGAUUGGCGACAUCUUCUUCGCACUUGCGCAUUCCUUUCGCCAUACAUCAUUUUCUACAUUUGUAUCAUUUUGCAAGCGAUACCCGGGCCUGCAUCGUUGAACGCCCGUCACAGCAUCUUCAAAUUUUCCUUUCUCUAUGUUCUUGAGCAUGAGGCGAAGUGGAGUUGAUGGCUAGGGCGUUUCAAGUGUUCGUUUCCGAUUGCCAAUGAGAGCAGGAGCAUGCAUAGUAGCGUAUCACGAAUCGAGAUCCAGGCUUCCUGCAGGGGCCUUUGAAUUGAGC